AUGGCCGACUUCGACGCCGCGCCCCCCCUGGACACGUCCCGGCCCCCGGGCGUCCGGGCCUUCCGCGCGCCCCACGCCCCGGCCUCGUCCUUCGAGGUCUCGCGCGAGGCGCUCGCGGCCAAGGCGUUUUCCGCCGACUCCGUCUUCGGCGCCGCCGGCGCGAACCCCCGGGACGAGGCGCCCGCGUGCCGCGUCGGCGACGCGGCCGAGCGCCGCCUCGCGGCGCGCCUCGCCAAGGACUCGGGGCCCCCGGUCCGCCCGCCCGUGCCCGCGCCGCUCGGCGGCCGCCCUUCCGACUCGCUCGGCGGCCGCCCGGUCUCCCGCGCGGACGCCCUGGACACCGUCCACAACCUCGACGACAUGCUCAUGGCCGCCCUCGCCGCGUCGCGGCCCUGGUCCACCUUCGUCGACGCCCUCGAAGAGCGCGCGCCCGCGUGCGUGGACCUGGCCAUCGGCGUCGCGGCGUCGCUCGAGCUCCGCAUGGACCUGAUGGACGUCGUCCUCGAGCUCAGCCGGACGUGGCUCGCCGGCGACCGCCUCGGCGAGCGGUUCUACACGUCGCUGGCGCGGUCCGUCCCCAAGCUCCGCGACCUCUCCCUGGCGGAGCGCACGGAGUGCGACGCGACGGUCAUGUCCGUGGGCGAGGUCUCCGGCCCGAGCGCCUACGCGCGCGUCGCCGACGACGUCGUCCGCCAGGCGCUCAAGCGGCAGACGCACCGGCGCCUCGGCGCGCUCGCCGGCGGCGCCGGCGGCGCCCUCGUGGGCGCCGCGCGCGUCGCCGCGGCGGCGCGGGCCGUCCAGGACACGCUCGUCCUCGAGCCCGCGUGGGCGCGGUUCGUCGACGCCGAGGACGCGUUCCGCGCGUUCGCGGGCCGGUGCGACGACGUCGUCCUCGAGGCCCUCGCCGGCGCCGCGCCGCGCGACGUGCGCGUCGCCGCGGCCAAGGCGGCGCGCAAGCGCGUCGUCGCGCCGCGCGGGGCCAUCCUCGACGCGGCGCGCGGCGCGCACGCCGCGAGCGUGUCGUGGCUCAAGUCGCACGAGCGCGAGGCCGCGGCGGCCUACUCGGAGGACGAGGACGAGGACGUCGGCUUCGCGACGCCCCGCGCGUCCGCGCCCGGCAGCCCGGUCCUGACGCCGCUCCUCGCGUCCCCCGGCGCGUACCUCGCGGAGGCCCUGGGCGCGCUGCGGACGCCCGGCCGCGAGGCCGCGUCGCCGCUCGGCCUCGUCUACGAGGCCCGCUGCCCCUCCAAGGACUGGAGCCCGCCGUCCCUGGCCGUCUUCCUGUCCCUCGGCACGUCGAGCCGCCGCAUGGUCGUCGGCGACCGGGACGUCGCGCUCGCGUCGCCCGACGCGCCGCGCGGCCGCGCGGCGCCCGACUCGCUCGGCGCGGGCUCGUUCGGCGCGGGCUCGUUCGCGGACUUCCUCCUCGACGACGGCUCCCUCAUGCCCUGCGACGACAUCUCCCUCGCGCCGCGCGUCUUCCUCGACACCGUCGCCGUCACGCAGUCGACGCAGGACGAGACGCAGGAGGAGGCGGACGACGACGACGACGACGACGACGCGCGGGCGUUGAGAGGGGUGUUUGACAAGGGCCUCAACCUAUCGUCAAGUCCUGACGCAGCGAAUCGAAGCCUUGAGAAAAUUCUUGGAAGACGUCUCUUAGAGCACCGGGAUUCGGCUCGAUCUUAUCGAGCGACGCCGGGUCCCGUGAUCGCCCCCGUCGGGGGAUGGGGGAGGGGGGAUCGGGAUUGUCGGCGGGGGAUCGCCGCAGCUCUCGGGAAGACCUCACUUGCACUUGCCCUUCUUCUUGUCGAACUUGCAGCCCGCCUUCUUGCACGACUUCUUGCCCAUCCCGCCGUCGACCGUCGACGGACUGACGAGUUCGCUCCGGUCUACGACGACCAGUUCGACGGGAGCUCGAAGCAGUGGAGGGACCAUGCGGCGGAGCUCGAACCGCUCGACGACCCGCGGACGCCGGACGUCGUCGACGACCUCGCGUCGCGCUUAAUCCCCGUCGUCUGGGACAAGGAGGACGCGGCCAUCUUCGACCUCGCGAAGCAACUGACGCGCGAUGACGCCUUCUCCACCGCGAGACAAUUCGCCGUCGGCGUCCGCUACUACGGCCGGCGCGUGCUCGUCGGCGAGUGCGUCACCUACGACCUCGCCUGGCUCGCGAAACUCGACGGGCUCCGCCGCGUCUUCGCGUGGCGCUUCGCCCGGCCGCUCGACGAGGACCAGCUCGUCCGCGCCGACCGCCUCGUCCGCGGGGGGGACGCCGCGUCGGCCCUCGACGGCGAGACGCUCGCGCGCGCGUGCCGCACGGCGCACGCGCUCCUCGAGCCGGAAGCGGUCGCCGCCGACGCGGUCGUCGCCGUCGGCCACCUCGUGCAGGUCGCCGGUUUCCGCAUGCUGUCCCCCGAGGGCCGCGCCAAACUCGUGCGCGCCCGCGCCGUCGACAAGAUCCAGCGCGUCGCGCGGCGCCACCUCCGCCGCGCGGCCCACUAGGCUUCGCCACCACCAAGGGUCCGACGCCGGCGCGAGAAACCCGAAGAAACAUGCUCACGGUCUCGCGCCGCCGCCGCGAUUUUGUUUCCCACACUGCACCAUCCUCCUGCUGCUAACCGGCACCAUCCCCAGCAAGGUCCCCCCCCCCCAUCCACAGUGAAUCAGAUAGCCCCCUACGUCUCCCCUUCCACUCAGAUAACUCCCUCCUCUCCCGGACACCACUCACCCGUUCCAGUCGGGCCCGAGCGGCGCGGCGACGCAGGCGCCGGCGCCGUGGUGGAAGCCGCAGCGGCGGCAGGGAUCCCUGUGGGCGCAGAUCGCCGGAGCCCAGCGCGCGGCGCUGACGAGCGACCGGCCGCGCCGCUGCGUGCGCGGGUCCCCCGGGUCCGCGCGCUCGUAGUCGCUCGCGAGCGCGUAGAAAAGAUUGAGAGAGUACCUCUCUUCCGCGCUCCGGUCCCCGGGGACGGAGUGGAACUGGCCGUCGAGGAGCACCGCGGUGCCCGUCCGCGUGAGGACGUCGCGGCGCCCGCCCGCGACGCCGGGGCCGUCGAUUCGGAGCACGCGCGGCGCGCCGACGGACACGGUCAGCUGCCGGCAGUAGUGGCUGUGGCGCCCGGUGUCCUCGGUCCCGUCCCGGUACCUGUUCACGAAGAGCUGGAUCCACCGCGCGUCGUCGUCGCCGUGCGCCUCCCUUAGGAGCGCCUCCAUGGCGUCGAGCGCGGGCUCGAGCGACGACAGCUCCGCCCGGAGUGGCGCGCGACAGAGGGUCGUCCCGAAGGACUGGUCCACGACGCUCCGUCGGAGAAAUCUCCGAAAGCCGCGAACGCCGCGCGUCGCGCGCGCGAGGUCGGCCGCGGCGAUGAAGCGCGUGAGGUCGUCGACGCGGACCAUGCAGUCGACGCCCCGCCGCAAGCGGAGAGGUCGUGCAGCUGCGCCUUGGUGAGCGGGUCCCAGUCGAUCACUCGGCGCCGCCUCCUCCGCCUCUAGUCGCCUCGCGAGCGAUGCGGCCGCCUCGGCGUCGUCCUGCGCCUGGUUGUCGUGACGAGGUCGUUUCAACACCAGAUCAACAACAUCUUUGCCCUCGUCGUCAUCUGACAACAUUAAAUCAACAACCUCUUUGCCCUCGUCGUCGUCUGACAACAUUAAAUUAACAACCUCCAUA